AUGGCUUUUGAACGCGAAUUUGACCUGAUUUUGCUGGGUCCUACCGGCUACACUGGUAACUUCACUUCUGAGCAUAUCGUAAAGAACCAUCCUACCAACCUUAAAUGGGCCAUCGCCGGCAGAUCGGCUCGGAAGAUGGAGUCCAUCGCCCAGGAGCUGAAGGCCAUCAAUGGGGAUCGUGUCCAGCCAGCUGUCUUGGUGGUUCAGAUGAACGACACCGAAUUGAACGAGCUAGCCCAGAAGACCAGACUCAUCAUCAACUGUGUCGGACCUUACCACUUGUACUCUACACCUGUUGUCGAAGCCUGUGCUAAUAAUGGAACUCAUUACCUUGACGUUACUGGAGAGUCUCCCUGGGUCAAGAUGAUGAUUGAACAGUACCACGAAACUGCCAAGUCCAGCGGUGCAAUUAUUAUCCAUUCGACUGGAAUUGAGAGUGCCCCGGCUGAUAUGCUGGCAUGGGCCCUCGUCAAGCGAAUCCGGGAGGAAUUCUCGACUCCCACUCGUCUCAUCGAAAGCUGCACCAAAGAGAUAAAGACUUCAGGAGCAAGUGGUGGCACCCUCGCCACAGUCCUGGGCAUCUUUGACUGGCUUCCGAUCUCUGAACUGCUCAAGUCUAAUAGUCCUUUUGUUCUGGCUGCAUCAGCCCCACCCAAGGACAUUCCCAAGACUACUAUAGCUCAGAAACUCCUAGGUGUGCGCUCCGUCCGCGACCUGGGCACGCUAACCACCUCGCCGAACGGCAUGGUCGACAUGUCCAUCGUGCACCGCAGCAGCACUCUAAUGCCAGAGCUUUAUGGACGACGCUUCUACUUUAGCCAGAUGAUGUACGUUCGUAAUGCUCUCAUGGGAUUCUUCGUCCACGCCGCCAUCUCCAUUGGCUUGUUGCUGCUGAUGCUCCCACCUGUUCGCGCCGUGGUGCGUAAGUUUAUAUACGCCCCUGGAUCCGGCCCGCGUCUGGAAGACUCCAAGAAUGACCGUAUCGAGUACCAUGCCGUGGCAACCGCCGACCAGGAUGUUCCAUCUCCAAAGCGAGUCUUCGGAAAGCUGACUUACCACGGCUCCUUGUACGUGCUCACUGGUGUUCUCAUCGCAGAGGCUGCCAUGGUCAUUCUUACGGAAGAGGAGAAGGUCAAGAAGGUCUCUCGCUGUGGUAUUGUGACUACGGCUACCCUGGGCCAGGAGUAUAUUGACCGGUUGGACAAGGCCGGUGUUAGCAUUGAAACCAAGGUCUUUGAGAACUAA